ACCCAUGUGUUUAUUUUCAUGUCAACAUUAAGUUUAAUAUGGAACUGACGACAUAUAAACGUUAUCUCCUGUGUGUAGUAAAAACUCCAAAACAACACCAAAAAAAUACAAUAACAUUUUGCAUGUCAGAAUCUGGCAACCCGUAAGUCACUUCCUAAAUCAGCUGAUAAAGUCACGUGACCCCACUGUCAUGGCGGUAGAGAGGGAGAUCACAGGGAGGCGUAAGUAGAAGUAGGCUGUGGAAGCGCCGACAUAGGCUCACUUCUCGACAAAAAACAAGCCAUGAAUAGCUGUAGAUGAAUCAUCUGGAUGACCACACUCUAGACUGACACACCUGGGAAAGCGGGUCAUCAUGCAUCCGUUUGGCCGUGAGAAGGAGAACUCCGUGCAGGACCUGUUUGUCUUUUUCACUCAGUGUUUAUGGCAUGGCGAGUGGGAACUGGCCGCCGCUUGUGUCCAACAGCUCAGUCAAGCUGAAGGAGAAGUACCUCAGAGUCCUGCUGACAUCAUCAGCGCAAUUAUCGCACAACCGUAUCACCUUGCGUGGGAGACAGCAGGAAGUCCUCACAGACUCGCUUGGUUCUGGCUGCAGGUGCUGGAGAAACACUCGAAAGACAAGGUGUCUCUCUCAGUCCACAGAGAACUGGCCUUCUUGCUGAUUUUAGAGGAGCUCGGAGAGGAAGUGCCUCAUUCUGUACUAAAGGAGCUGCAUCAAGCCUUCCUGGAGUCCGAGCGUGUCGACUCAGCCUCCGUUUCUCCUCUGAGUGACUCCGCUCUCUCAUCCAUCCGCUCCCUCCUCUCUGAGCGCAGCCCACGUCUGACCCAUGCCUUGCUCCGCUUCCUAAAAUACGCAUCCAGCGUCUUUCUCCAGUAUCUUCUGGACCUCACACAGGAGAAGGAGGGAAAGCGGAGUGAGGCAUGGGCAGAGAAGGUGUGCAGUGCUUUGGCUCUGGCUCCAUGUACAGCGGCAGAGCUGGAUCAGCUGUGGGCGGGGCUUUGGAGGGAGAGGGAGGGGCCUCUGAGUGAGGAGAGGGUAAUGGGAUGCCUGCUACGACCUCAGGAUCACACACUGCUGCUGCGCUAUUGUGCCACAGCUCUGCGCCUCAGCAGGGACAGGCUGCUCCAAGAUGCAGCACACACACAGGUGGACUUACCUGAAGCAGAGAGGCUCAUGCUUGGUCUGUGUUGUCAUGGUGAUCGUCAUGCAGCUUGGAAAGCCAUCUACUUUGAGUGUUUGAGCAGUGGAAAGCACUUUCUGGAGCAGGUUCUGGUCACAGGGCUUGACCUCAUAAAGAAGGAAGAGUUUUCUAAACUGGAGGUGUUGCUUGGGGUGGAGUUUCAGCCGCUGUCCCGCCUCCUUCUUUUGCUUGGAUGGAAUCACUGCCAGAGCCUUGACUCGGCCCAGGGGCUCCUCAGGAUUCUGCACCAACAACAGGCCAAAGACACUGUCCUAAGCGAGACUGCCAAUGUCCUCUCCUCUCAGUUAAAGGUGUUGGAGUGGUGUGCUGAAAACAACCUGGAGAUCUCCCAUGAGGCUUUGCUGUCUCAGCUGCACAAUCUGGAUCAUCACUCUGCUCUCUAUGUGCUGCACUCACUGACUCCUCUGGCCAAGUAUGAAGAGCACAGAGUGCUGGAGCUGCUGCAGGCCGCAGGAGAGUGUUUGCCUGGAGACACUCAGAGCAGCUGUGUCCAGCGCAACAUCACCAUGUUCAGGGGCUUCUGUGCCAUGAAAUACGCCGUCUAUGCCGUGUGUGUGAACACGCGGUUCGGCUGCUCGUAUUUCGGUUUGGCGCAGGUACUACAGAAGGAACAGACUGAAGGUCACUCGUCCCUGUUUCAGCACUACCUCUCAGAGUGUCAGCUCUACUUGGAAGCAGUUCCUACCAUGUUUCGUUUGGAGCUCCUGGAGAACAUCUUCUCGCUGCUUUUCCUGUCCUACUCGGACUUUUCGCAGCCAAAUCGCUCCGGCACAGAGAGGAAACAGAGCAGCAGCAAUGAAGAGUACAGUAAAAGAGAAACGCAUGACGAGAAAACCGAGUCUUCUGCGAGUGUAAAGUCUGGUCAGAUGACGCAGAUCUGCCGCGGCUUCCUGCUGGACCCAGGUGCGAUGGAAGGAGUCCUCCGGCUCAUCAGAGAGGGACUGGAAGGUAUGUGUGCGCUCGGGAGGGCUCUGGAGGCCGAUGCGGAGCUGGCUGAGAGUCUGGGGUGCUCGGUUACGGUGGACACGUUCAGCUCUCGGUUACAGAAGCUUUCCAAACACACGUCCGAGGCUCAGUGGCGGCUGCAGAUCGUCACCACCAAUCAGGGGAAGGCAAGCGGUGGUCCGACUCUGCCCUGCCCAGGCAUUACGAUGACUCGCCCUCUGAGGCGUAGCAGCAGCAGCAGUGUUUCUGGUGUCAGGAAGAAGAAACGAUCCCAGCGCCAGCGCACUGAACGACGCCUGACCUCAGAACGACAGAACGGAGAGAUCAGCACCAGUACUUCAGACGGCAGUAGUGCCACCGUACCAGUGUGUGCAGAGUAUGAAGUGUGUGUGUGUGGAGGACCUCACAGCUGGCUUGUUCCCUCCAUGCUCUCCACGCCCGAGUCUCUCCUGAUCUCCUGCAUACGCAGAGGAAACUACGUGGAGGCUCAUCAGGUGAUGCUGAUGUUCGGGCUGGAGAACGCACCAUGCUCUGGGGAGCUUCUCUUCAUGGAGCGGUACCAUGAGGUUCUGUCUGAACUCGCUCAGGUUGAGCAGAAGAUCGAGAGCCAGUCUCUUUCUUCGUUAUCCUCCUCCACAGAGAGUCUGGGUUCAGUCGGAGUGACGGGACCGGGACGGAACCGCCUGGGCAGCAGCAGCAGAACCACUCUGCAGAGCAUCGGGAGUGCAGCAGCAGCAGGCAUGGCGUUCUAUUCCAUUUCCGACGUGGCCGAUCGCCUCCUGAGCUCUCCGUCUCGCCCUCUGGCCUGUCUGGAGGAGAACUAUUGGCUUUCUCACCCUCUCUCAGAUCCCUCAGACCCCCUGCGGCCCCUGCUGGAGGAGCUGAGUCCGUCUGGCAUGGCCGCUUUUGACCUGGCCUGCUGCCAGUGCCAGCUGUGGAAGAGCUCACGGCAGCUUCUGGAGACGGCAGAGCGGAGACUGCACAUCUCGCUGGAGAGUCGAGGCAUCACACUGGACCAAGAUGUUCAUCAUCCCGAAGGUAUUCGAGGUUUUCCUACUGUACUGCAGCAGAUCAGUAAAAUACUCAACAGAACAACGACCAGCAAAGGGCCACCUAAAUCAGAUUCAAACCGAGACGAGGUUGGAGUCAUUCCUCCGUUCGGCUGCAGUGCUCAGGAAGUUCUCCUCUGUACUCACUUGUCUCUCACGGAGGAGGCCAUCGCAGCCUGGCUCACGCUCGUCCAGCGCCUCGAGGUCACGCUGCAGACUCUGACCUCUGCCAUCGACAUGGCCGGGGAGAGUCAGACGGCCAGCUCUGUCCUGGCGUCUCUGUCUGAGCAGGCGGGCCUGAAGCAGUCCGAGCUCGACUUGCACCCGGUGCGCUCUGCUAUGAAACAGCUGCUGCGCUCACUGGGCCAGCUGUGUCCUUUCGAGCUGGAUGGUGUCACAUCGAGGCCAGAUUACAUGCGCAGCUUCCUGGAUUAUAUCAACAUGCUGGCGUCUGUCCUGGUGCGCAGCCUGGGCUCCGAAGAUCAGAGUGCGGUCGUGAAAUUGGGGAAUCCUCUGCUUGUGCUGCUGCAGUCGCCUCACCAGCUCCUCUCGUACCUGCUCUUUGACAGACAGGUCACACCUGACAGGUUACUGUCUCUGCUGCAUCAGGAGGGUCUGCAUGUAAACAUCCAGCAGGUCAUAGUGCAGCGCUGCUGUGAUCCGCUCCCUCUCUGCUUCCCUCCAUUCAUGAAGGGUGCAGGAGCUGACGGAGGAGCUUUCUGUCCAUCCAGCAUCGCUUCUCUCCUCCAUCAGCAAGCUCAGGAGCGAACUCUUCCCUUCGAACCGCCCACGAUCUCUGAACCAAGCUCGGAAUCUGAGGCAUCGGUUGAGACCAGCGUCUCUCCGAAUCUCUCCACCUCGCCUCCUUCUCCGUCUUCGACUUUAUCCUCAUCCUCAUCUUCAUCAGCAUCAUCCUCUGUGUCUUCUUUCCUCCUCACACCCUCUGCACUGUCGUUCCUGAAAUCCCGCUCUCCGCUCGUCGCCGUCCUGGCAUUGCUUGGUGCAAGUCGGGUGGAGAUGGCCCGUGUGGCCUCCUCUGCAUGGUCCGGACUACCUUCGUAUUUUCGAAGCGCUGCACGUAAAGAAGCUCCGCUAGACUUGGACCAGAUCUCCAAAGAGGCCGAAGCUUUGCUCGCGUCGUUUCCUAUACUCAAGGCCUUCCUGUUGGACAUGGCGACGCCCUUGCUGGGGUCGUCUCCGGACUCCGAGGAUGGCGUUGGGGCAGCUCUGAGCAGGAAGUCGGGCACAGUGUCCGUGCUGUUCUCCGGGUCUCAGGAUGGAGCAUCAGGUCAGACGUCGGUGGCUGAAGCUUUCCAGCAGGCUUUAAGUGCCAGAGACCUGAACCGAGCUCUGAGUCUGCUGGAGCUUUAUGCCCAAAACUGCAGCCAGAAGGAAGCGCUACGGGACAGACUGCUGGCCUGUACCACCCUGGAGGUAGAGUGUGGUAAAGAGCAGCUAUUCCGGGUGAAGGACUGGGAGCUGCGAGCCCGUGUGGUGUUGCAGGGUUUGGAGCGAUGGCCUCUUUACUGCUGCCUGGAGCUGCUGCAGUUCUGCCUCAGUGACUCCAGCCCAGAUCACACACUCACACCACAGCUGUGGCAGAAAAAACAGGAACUCGACAUGUACAACACGAUGCUGAGCCUCCAGCCUCCACUGGAAUGGCAGACAUGGCAGGGGUUGAAGGAGGAGUCGAGCAGGAACCCCGAGUCCAUGUUCUCCCUUUUGCUGCAGACACGGGAGUUUGAUUUGUGCGCUCAGUGGGUGCAGCUGUAUCCCGUAUCAGAGCAAUCUAAACUGCAACUCCAGACUGAACACCUGCUCCAUCUGCUGGAGAACGGCCAAACCGAGACAGCCUUCCAGCACCUCGAGAGCCUCUCUGAUUCACUGGAGGUUAGCGAGCGUGCACUAGAUCAGAGGCCUGGAUUGGCCGCCUGCCACUUCCUGUCCGAUUACCUCACGCUGCACUUUCAGAGCCGUAUGACGUCAGCACGUAGACGCCACAUACAUGCCCUGCACCUAGGCUCUAAGGUGCUGCUGACUCUUCCGGAAGCUUCUCGGCAGGCUUACUUCCAGCUGCUGGCGGACCCUUUGCUCAUGCUGGAGCAGCUGUUGAUGAACCUGAAGGUGGACUGGCUGUCAGUCGCCAUCUCGACCCUCCGGAACCUUUUACCCGCUCAGGAAGCAGGAAUCACCAACCUGGACAUCGACACGCUGCUGGCUGAAUACGCAAAGAAAGCCCUGGACUUCCCUUAUGCCCCCCGAGAGUGGACACGCAGCGACUCGGUGAUCAGCUUGCAGGACGCACUGCUGCAGUGUCCAGUUCAGGAAAGUGCACCACCGUCUUCUCCCAGCCGGACACCACCUCCCUCAUCAGGCAGCACUCCCAUGCAUACUCCAUCUAGCUCCGCCCCUGACCAAGAUAGAGGCUCGGGUGGGAAGAAGCCCCGCCCCUCAUCCGUGUUCACCCCUCCAGAGAAAACGCCGGAGCGUAAAGACUGGAUUCCUGACCACCAGAGGCACAUCUGCAUGGUCUGCCAGAGAGAGAGAUUCACCAUGUUUAACCGGCGGCAUCACUGCAGACGCUGUGGCCGCUUGGUGUGUCAUGCCUGCUCCAGCAGGAAGAUGGUGGUGGAGGGGAGUGAGGAGCCAGUGAGAGUGUGUGACCAGUGCUACAACUUCUUCCACACAGCUUCGGAUGAUGAGCUGGAGCAGGCAGAAGUAGCAGGCAGUCCAGGCUCGGCUGAGGGAACGUUAGACGGUGUCCUCUGUCUCCCUGAGAUUCCUCAGAGGCAGUACAGACUCAGUCCCAAUGCCGAAGAGAACCAGCAAAUACACAGCGAAUUCUACUACGAACAGGCACCCAGUGCAUCCCUGUGUGUGUCCAUCCUCACCCUUCACAGUGACCACGCCGUCUGCGGUCAGCAGCUGAUUAAUCAUUGCUGCUCGAUCUCACGCAAGCUGACCAAUCCUGAGGUGGAUGCUCGUCUCCUGACUGACGUCAUGCGGCAGCUCAUGUUCAGUGCUAAGCUGAUGUUUGUUAGAGCUGGACGCAGCCACGACCUGGCUCUGUGUGAUAGUUACAUCAGUAAGGUGGAUGUGCUGAAGAUCCUGGUCAGUGCUAACUAUAAGUACAUCCCGUCUCUGGAUGACAUUUUGGAAACGUCAGCAGUGACACGUCUGAGGAACCAGCUGCUCGAGGCUGAGUAUUAUCAGCUGGCUGUAGAGGUGUCCACUAAAAGUGGUCUGGACCCGAGCGGAGUGUGGCAUGCAUGGGGCAUGGCGCUCCUGAAAGCUGGAUGUCUGAGUGCAGCCCGGGAGAAGUUCGCUCGCUGCCUGAAAGCUCCAGUGGACAAAAACCAGCUGAACCUGGGGUCACGAUUGCUGCAGGAGAUCAUCCAGCACCUGGAGUCUACCAUCCGACUCACGCCGAGCACGACAAUCGAUGAUGACAUCCUGGCGUCUUUGACUGAGCUGGAGGAGGCUCUGCGCGAUCCGGCACCAGUGGACCGGACAGAGAGCCGGGGGCAGCGCUGUGGACACCAUCAGGAGUGUGUGUACUACCUGAUGGCCUACGGCACACACCUGAGCGUCAUCUCUUUCUACCAGCGUCACGAUUGCCUGAAGGACGCACUUGCAUAUCUCCUCAGCAAGGAGUGUCCAGAAGAGGUGUUUCUAGAGGGCAUACUCCAGCCGUGUUUGGAACGAGGCCGACUGGGCGUCCUGCAGGGGCUCCUGGAGACUCAGGAUGCUACGUUGGAGAGCUGGGGGCGGUACCUGAUGACAGCGUGCCAAAUGCUCCAGCGCAAGGGUUAUUACCACACCCUGUACCAGCUACAGCAGUUCAUGAUGGACCACGUGCGAGCGGCUAUGACGUGUAUCCGCUUCUUCACACACGGUGCUCACUCCUAUGUGCAGCUAGGCGAGCAGCAGCGCUGGCUGGUCCGUGCCAAAGAGCACCUGAGGGCCUUCCUACAGGAGCAACAGAACCGCCGCAAAACCUUCUCAUCUUCAUCGAUAUCUUCCUCUUUCAGGAAAAAAAUGAGCUCCAGUGACGUCUCCAGACACAUGAACACCAUUGUGCUGCAGCUGGAUGUGACACGUUUUCUACAUCGGUGUGAAAGCUCCUCUUCCUCCUCUAGAGUCGCCACAGGCCCCACCCCUACUGGCAACAGUGCUCCGCCCACUCUUUUUGGAGGAAGUUCCAUGAAGGUGGAUGUGGCCUGCAGGGUGAUGCUGGGGGGCAAAAACAUUGAGGAAGGGUUCGGCAUCGCUUAUCGAGUCAUACAGGAUUUUCAGUUAGAUGCUCUGGCCGUCUACAUGCGUGUUGGUCAGCGGUUGGUGUGUCUGCGCGAGUACCAGGCUGUUCGGCAGCUGCUGAAGUGUGUGAGCGAGUCAGGCACCGCCACCAAACACGACUGUGACACCAUUGUGCUGAACUGCGUCUCAGCCUCGGACAAAAACCCUGCUGACGCCAAAGAGUUGGAGGCUCUGAUUUUAGAGUCCAAAUCCACAGAGAAUAAAAUAAAAGCGUACCUGAUGUGCAGUAAACUGAGGGCGGCGUAUCUCCUGGCGGUGAAGCUGGACCCUGUGAAGGCGUGUUUGCUCGUGCAGGAUGUUCUCCAGGCCGCCGAGGUCUCCAGCGACGCUGUCAUGCAAGACAUCUGCCGUCAAUGGCUCUCAGAACACCAGAAGCCGGGGUCACGGCAACGCCACAACAACAGGUAGCAGGCGGCCUGAUUUCUGAUGGACCGUAGCUUUAUAAGGUGACUGCGGCUCAAAGCGCUGCUCUGCUCAAGUACUCGCGAGUUUGAGAUGCUGAGGGUGAAUGACUGGCGUGUCACGUGGUCAAGUCACAUGACUUUAUAUCCUUUAAAUCCAUAGCUACCCCCUAGCUGUUUAGCGUAAGGAGCAAAGUUUCUUUUCAACUGCAGCAUUACUUAGUAGGUGCAAUACUGUUAACUACAGGGUUAUAAAACUUAAUAAAAGCCAGUACAGAUGCAUCGUGGCAUCAGAUCCACCUAAAAACCACUCACAAUUUUCCUGCACCUGUCUGAAACCGAUGGACAUACUCUUAAACGAUCAGUCCAGCCAAAAAUAAAAUUCACACAAUUUCUCAAAAUUCAAGUCAUGCCAAAAUUGAAGGUUUAAUUCUAAUAAAGUUAAGGGAAGCUACUAGUUUACUUUCUUACAAACCGUUUGUAUGUGAAAAAAAGAAUCAGUAUUAAAAAAUUCGGCUAAGACUGUUUUUAGCGCUGCAACGUCUUUUUGUCCGAGUUUAUACAGUCUCAGAACCCACGUAAGCAGUGAACAACUCUACAAAGCAUUGCAGCUUCCAUUACCAUUAGCUAAACAUAUCUUUUCGGCAGCAUCCAGUAUUAGCCUCAUCUUAAUUUCCUACCUCAGAAAUGAAUAGGGCGCUUCCUUAUCGUUCCUUACUGAUUCCUCUUUGGUUCUUCAGUGUGUCCCCACAUGAAUUAAACCAUACAAAAUUUUCAUAUUCUACAAUAUUAAUUUGAUUAGUAUGUUCUGUAUUGAGACCACGUAUGUGAAAGUCUUCAUGUGGAAAGUCAUGAGCAUUCGUGUAUUGUCACAUUGUCUGUCCAAAACCACAUUUAAUUAUCAUGAAGUGCACUAUUAAGGGAGUGAAAAAUGCCAGUUUUAUAAAUUGUCUUUUUUGCAGGGUCUCAAGGCGGAGGAUAUUAGAUUCAGACAUGGGGAUAGAAUGUUUUAGUCAGCCAGCAAACACCAGCAGAGUUUAACGAAAUAUUCUGGCUAACAUGCUAACUGUACUUUACAAGAGUUCUGAAAGAUCUUUUUUUUUUUUUUAAAUCAUCUAUGCAGCUAGCUAGCGUGAGCUAACUGAAAAAUCAUAUUCUAGUCAUAUUCACAUUUAAAAAAUCAUAUUCUAGUCACUUACAUAACUUUACAUGAGCUAAUUUGACAGGAACUCUGACAGAAUAUUUGAAAUCAUAUCCUGUCUAGCGAACAUGUAGCUAGUCUGACACGACACAUUUCUGUGAGAAAUAUUAUUCUAGCUAGCAAGCUAACCUGGACCUGACAGGAUUUCGUCAUAAACUAUCCAGCUAGAAUAACCCAACAUUAUUUGCCAGGAUUUCUUAGUCAUAUUCUCAGUAGCAAGGUAGCAUGUGCUUAUCUUUCAUGCUUCAUUGAUAGAUAACAUAGUCAGGAUUUUCGGUUCUGCUCUAUAUAGUAAUCUAGGUUGUACAUAUCUGACAGGAUUUCUGAUACAGGAUCUUCUAGCUAGCAAGCUAACAUGGGCUCAUUUGACAGGAUUUCUGACAGGAUUUUAAACGUCACUGAACAGGCUUCCUGAGAUGAUAAGGGAACGCUGCAGACAGUGCAGAUGUGUGUUAGCAAUUAUUAAAUGUGAGAAUGCUAAAAAGAUAUUUCAACAUCUAAUCUGUUGUUAUGAGCAAUAUGACCUGGAACCCUCUCUGAAACGAUUAGCCUUGUCUUUGGAUGAGUGUUUGUCAAGUUUAUUUGGGGCUGUGUGUGUGAAAACCUGACACAUUUUUUCCUGUAGUUCUGUGUGUGUGUGAUUGGACAUUACAUCUGGCCUCUGACCCGUCCUGUACUUAAGAAAUUUCCAGAUUAAUUUCUGUGAUGCAGAAAGCUACUACUUUAGAUUUCAUUGGGGAUUUUUUCCCCCCACCUACUCGCCUUUAAUCACAUUAAUCAAUUAAAGGGAAAUAAUGUGCUUUGCUGUAUGGACGAAUUGAUGUCUGAUAAUAACAGAAAAUAAUGUUUACACUGUCUUUUGCACAGAAUAAACAAGAUUCAGAAUAAAUAA